AUGGGUUUGGUUUGUGUGUACCCUGGGGUAAGCAGCAUUAUUCUUGCAGGGACACCAAGAAGUUCUCUUCCAUUGACCCAGAUCAUUGAUCAAGCUUGUCAGGAGGCAGAAGCUUACAAGGAUGCUGGAGUUGAUGGCUUGAUCGUAGAAAACAUGCACGACCUUCCUUACACAGUGUGUCCUGGGCCUGAAGUCACGGCGGCAAUGACAGUCAUCAGCGCUGCAGUGAGACAAACCUGCCCCCGUCUCGCGCUGGGUGUCCAGGUCCUGUGUGCGGCAAAUCAACAGGCGGUCGCGGUCGCUCUUGCUGCAGGUCUUGAUUUUAUCCGGGCUGAAGGGUUUGUGUUUUCUCAUGUUGCUGAUGAAGGGAUUAUAAAUGCCUGUGCAGGUAACCUGCUACGAUAUAGAAAACAAGUUGGAGCAGAGAACGUUCAGAUUUUCGCUGAUAUUAAAAAGAAACAUAG